CAAGACAACCCAUCCAUAUCUUAUUUUCGUUCAUUUCUUCCAUUUCAUUCUCGAAACAAAGUCUCAAGCCACCACCAAUGGCUCCAGUCCCAUCUCCGCAAGUGCUACUACCACGUCUUCUCGGUAAAGUCAUUACCAAAGACGUGAAGAAACAACAAACCAGUCCUCCAGAGACUCCCAAGAGUCCAAAAACUCCACAAACCUCUAUACUCAUGGACAAGUACGACCUAGGAAAGCUUCUUGGCCAAGGAAGCUUCGCUAAAGUCUAUCUCGCAAGAAACAUCAACACAUGCGAGAACGUGGCCAUCAAAGUCAUCGACAAAGAAAAAAUAGUCAAAAGCGGUUUAGCCGCUCACAUUAAACGCGAGAUAUCAAUCCUCCGCCGCGUCCGCCACCCUUACAUUGUCCACCUCCACGAGGUCAUGGCUACAAAGACCAAAAUCUACAUCGUCAUGGAGUUCGUACGUGGCGGAGACCUUUUCGAAAAAGUAUCCAAAGGACGGCUACGCGAAGGAGUCGCCAGGAGAUACUUCCAGCAACUGAUCUCAUCCGUUUCCUUCUGCCACAGCCGCGGUGUUUACCACCGCGACCUGAAGCUUGAGAAUCUUCUUUUGGAUGAUGAAGGGAAUCUUAAGGUAUCUGACUUCGGUCUCAGCGUCGUCUCCGAGCAGUUAAGACAAGAUGGGAUAUGUCAGACGUUUUGUGGGACCCCUGCUUAUUUGGCGCCUGAGGUUUUCACGAGGAGAGGCUAUGACGCGGCUAAGGCUGAUGUAUGGUCUUGUGGAGUGAUCUUGUUUGUGUUGAUGGCUGGUUACCUUCCUUUUGAUGACAAGAAUGUUAUGGUUAUGUACAAGAAGAUUCAGAGAGGACAGUUUAGGUGUCCUAAAUGGUUUUCACCUGAGCUUACAAGGCUUAUGGGACAAAUCUUGGACACGAAUCCGGAUACAAGAAUCACUAUACAAGAGAUCAUGGAGCAUAGAUGGUUCAAGAAAGGGUUUAAAGACAUAAAAUUCUAUAUCGAAAACGAUAAGUUAUGUAGAGAGGAUAAUGAUGAUGAGGAUGAUGAUGAAACAUUGUCAUCAGGGAGAUCAUCUAUAUCUUCAGAAGGAGAUUCAGAGUUUGAGGUUAAAAGAUUUGGGUCAAUGCCAAGACCAGCAAGUCUAAAUGCAUUUGAUAUCAUAUCAUUCUCUUCGGGUUUCGAUCUUUCGGGUUUGUUUGAAGAAGGAGGACAAGGAGCAAGGUUUGUAUCUGCUUCUCCUGUGGGAAAGAUCAUAUCAAAGCUGGAAGAGAUUGGGAAUGUGGCGAAGUUUACGGUGAGGAAGAAGGAUUGGAGUGUGAGGCUAGAAGGUAGUAGAGAAGGUGCUAAAGGACCGUUGACUAUUAAGGUUGAGAUAUUUGAGUUGACAACAUCUCUUGUGGUGGUUGAAGUGAAGAAGAAAGGAGGGUUUAUAGAAGAGUAUGAAGAUUUUUGCAAUAAGGAGCUUAGACCACAGCUAGAGAAACUGAUUCAUUACCAAGCAGAUGAAGAGAGACUCUGUUGA